UGCAGCUGUAGCGGCUCGUAUAUCUGCUCUGUGAUCAUGUAUCGUCUUUAUACACGUUUGGAAAUCGUUGGAGUUUUAUUUUGAAGGUUUUCUGUCUGGAAUGCUGUAAAGAGUGAAGGGCAAGAUGGUGCGGUUGGAUUUAGGAAAUGUGGUUCUUCGGCGGAUGACAGAGGAGGACAUAGAGGCUGUAAAGGCGCUCAUUAAAGCAGGGUGUGAAGGGAUGGAGAAUCGGAUCAUCCUGCAUCUACUUACAAGGCCGCUGGUGUUGCUUCUUCUUGCCACUCUCUCCUCUGUGUUCCGCUUUGUGGUCCAUUCAUUCAUAGUGGCCCUGUUUAUCCCAGUCUUCCUUCUCAUUGUGUACCUUAAGCUGACUAUCCCUCGCUCUAUGGGCAUCUUGGGCUCCAGCAGACCCUAUUGGGACUACAUGGGCAGCAGCUACUGUGCCAGUUCUGAGCCAGACCUGCUGAAUCCACACGGCACUAAAGCCAAGCUUGUCACUGGCCAGGAAAAGGCCAAGCGGCGCAAGAAAGCCAAAGGCAAGGAGGCCGGGAAAGAGAAAUUGGAGGAGCGGGAGAAAGUGGACAAGGAUGAUUUAAAGGAGCGGGCUCGGGUGGCAGGGGAGGUGUGGGUUGCAGAGACUGAUGAUGAAGUGCUUGGGUGCGUAGCCCGAGAUGGCUGGAGCAGGGAUGAUACGUACCGCAUUUGCAGGCUGGUGGUACAGAGCUGGUAUCGAAGAGAGGGUCUUGGCAGGUUGCUGGUCCAGAGCUUGGAGGCUAGAGCCAGGCAGAAAGGAGUGUGCAGGGUCUAUGCCCAUGUGCCCUUUCCAUCCAAAGUGGGUGAGGUCUUCUUCAGGAAACUGGGCUAUAGACUGCAAGGAGAGUCUGAUGGGCUGGAGGGUGGGGAGGAGGAGGAUUACGAAGAGCCACAGAAAGGCUGGCUUGGCUUUCCAGUGACAAAAGUAUUUGUUAAAGACCUGUGAGUCUUUAUUAUUAUUAGAGCAGUGUGUGUAAAUGUUUAACAUUGAUUAAAAUCCUACAUUGAGUUAAACUACAAUAGCUUUUUUAAUUAAUUGCAUUAUAUUUAUUUACAGCCUUAAUUUAUUGGGUGUUGUUUUUCUUUGUUUGGAAUUUAAUUACAUUAUUAAUUUAUCAAUCUAUUUGUUAGGUGUUUUUUUUUUAUUUUCAAUUUAUCGCAAUGUCAGAUGUCAGUUCAGACUCCAGUCCAUUUUAUACUUGUUUUAUGUGCACCAAAAUACAAAAUAAAAUACAAAAUGCAUG